UUCCGUCACGGUAGUAACGUUAGCCAGUCCGGAAGUUGUAUUUCGGCGGUAGUGGGGACAGGAAAAUUGUAUUGACUAAAGAGCGACAUAAAGAGCCAAACGCCGAGGGGCUCUUUAACUCUGGGAACCCUUGUGCCUUCCAUACAUUUAUUGUCCGGCCACAGAUACAUACGACAGAAGUGCGACAGCUGGUGCGUCGACGUAAAAAAAAAAAAAAAGGGCGAAAUGGGCAGAAGUACACAUAUGAUGAAGUAGAGGAGAGGCGGAAGAAGAGAAGUGAGAAGUGAGAAGAAACCAAUAAACAUGAUCGUCGUACGGUACUAGCUGUACUAGCUGUCUAGUUGAGGACAUGAAGCGAAGUUGAUGGCAAAAGGCUGAAGUAAUGGAUAACCCCCCUCCCCAACCCAGGAGUACCCUAUCUCUCCCUCUUCCUCUACCUUAUCUUCCCUCUCCUUUUUGCUCCUGUGCUUUCCUCUCUUCCUACACGUCCUCUCCAUAUCUGUGUGAUACUCUGUUUGGUCAUCCAUGUCCAAGCAUUCCUGUAGAUACAUACAUGUAAACUGUAAAUGUGUUUUCUAAUAGUUUCAUAUAUUAAACCACAAUACAUAUUUCCUUAAUAACCAGUCUGUCUGUUCAUGUCUUCUGUCUGUCAAUCAUUAAAUCAAACCCCUUACUCUGUGAAUGGAUCUUUCCUCUUUAUAAGAAUACGGGAACCAUCUAUUUUGACUUCUGUGUGUCAUUCCACUGUAGAACCCCCUUGUUUCCCUAUCUUUAACUGUCAUCAGUGUGACCACUUGUAAUAACCCCUGUUGCUUCUGUGGUCUCAUUGGGCCAUGGUCCGUAAAAAAGGGUCCUUUAUCUUGUGUGGGGUCUUCCUGUUUGUUACCUGGAAUGCUGUGCUUCUCCUCUUUCUUUGGGGGCGGCUUCCCACUCGCCGCCUGGGAGAGGGAGGUCAAGCUGAGCCUGGGAGCAGAGAGGAAUUGGGAGGGGCUGGAUUAGACUUGGCCAAGGAAGUGAUCCGAUUGGCAGACCAAGUGGAAGCUGAGCUUGAAACCCAGAAAAAACUUCUGCUGCAGUUACAGAAACACCGGCCAUUAUGGGAAGGACUUGGAAGGAGAGUGAUUGAUAGCAAAAAGGGAGGAAAGGACUUGCCACAACCACAUCAGAAAUACCCUGGUUUUGCCAAUGUUGACCAAAGUAAAGGAAAGCAAGAUAAAGAUUCCAUAAUCCUACCUAUUCCCAAUAUAAAAGUAGAAAAUAAAGGACUGGUUAUCAAUGAAGACAAAUUUAAAAGCACAGUUGCCUCUUCUACUGAUGUAAUUCCUAUCUUGGUUAUUGCUUGUGACAGAGUCACUGUGAAGAGGUGUCUGGACAAGUUAAUACAGUAUCGUCCCUCUGCAGAGCUUUACCCAAUCAUAGUCAGCCAGGACUGUGGUCACGCUGAUACUGCGCGUGUGAUUGGCUCUUACGGGAGCCAGGUGACUCACCUUAGCCAACCUGACCUUUCAAACAUUCAGGUGCGACCUGAACAUAAGAAGUUCCAGGGUUACUACAAAAUCUCCAGACACUACCGAUGGGCUCUCAACCAGGUGUUCAACACCCUCUCCCACUCUACUGUUGUCAUUGUGGAGGAUGACUUGGAGGUGGCGCCAGAUUUUUUUGAGUAUUUCAGAGCCCUUUACCCCAUUCUACGUUCAGACCCAACUCUGUGGUGUGUGUCCGCCUGGAAUGACAAUGGGCGAGAGGGGCUGGUGGAUCCUGGAAAGGCAGAGCUCUUGUACAGGACUGACUUCUUCCCUGGCCUGGGCUGGAUGCUCAUGAAGGAGAUGUGGACAGAACUGGAGCCCAAGUGGCCUGCUGCCUUCUGGGACGACUGGAUGCGUCAGCCAGAUCAACGCAGAGACAGAUCCUGCAUCCGGCCAGAAAUAUCAAGAACAUUGACGUUUGGGCGCAAGGGCGUGAGCUUGGGUCAGUUUUUUGACCAGUACCUGCGCUACAUUAAACUCAACACUGACUUUGUGCCUUUCACCACACGGGAUCUGUCUUUUUUGGUUCGUGAGAUAUACAACAACAUGUUUGAAAAGGAGGUGUACAGCGCCCCCUUGGUGAAGGCUGAGGAACUGAAGGGGGGUACAUUGCAGGGUGUAGGGCCCUUUCGUGUGCAGUAUUCCAGCAAAGACAGCUUCAAGCUGCAGGCUCGCAGUUUGGGGGUGAUGGAUGACUUGAAGUCAGGAGUUCCUAGAGCAGGAUACAGGGGUGUGGUCAGCUUCAUGUCACGUGGACGAAGGAUCUACUUGGCACCUCCCAGCGGUUGGAGCCACUACGACACCAGCUGGAGCUGAGAGGCACACCAUGGGCUAUAGUGGGAGUGAAGAACCGAAAGAAUCAUUGGAGAGACAAAUUACUGUGUGUCAGAAAAGAACCCGUGCAAACCAAAGAAAACUGUAGAAGGGGAAAUGGGAACGUGAAUAGUGAGGCUGAGACAUUGGAGGGUGGGUGGAAAGGGAAAAGAGAUGAGUAAAGUAUAAGGAGAGGAAUGUAGAUUAUGGAAGUAUUGGGAAAAUAAAAGGAGGAACCAUGGUAAACUAAUGGUGGUAAAGUGAGACCUGUAGGUGAAUAUACAGCGCGUAUACCAUGGUAUACCAGUGCUAAAAUAUAAAAUCAAAAUAAAUAGAAUAUGAGUUCAUAAAGGGGGCUCAAAAUAAAUAUGCAAUUUCGUUUUUAGCUGGAUGAAAGUGAAAAUUUCACAUGAACUGUGAUUUGUUGACAACAGUGUGUUGUGGAUGCCAUGUAUCCAGCUAUUGUUGGUAAGUUAAAUAAGAGUCUAGCUUGCAUUUCAGCUGACAAUAAGUCUGGAGCACUCCGUACAAGAGUGUAACUUUAGCACUAUAUAAGCUAGCUGUUCCUUUGCACCAGUGCACCCCCCCGGACACUUUUUUCAGUCAAAAUUUGCAUCGUAUUUUUCUUGCAACCUACACAGGGAAAGAUGCAGCUGAGUCUUUGCACACAUAAGUGGCAAGCCAGUGAUUAUCUUACAGUUAGAUACAUGAUCUUUACUCAAGGUGUGGCACAUCUCCCACUAACCACAACAACACAUACAGUUGGUGCCUGCUGACAGACUUGAGGCACAUACAGUAAGCAGCAUAACCCUGAGCAACCUCACCCAACCCCAGCAGAAUGAAGUCAGUGUUGACUUUUUUAUAGCCUGCUAAUGAAACGUCCAAACUCAAGCUUGCUGUGUCUAAGUUACAGGUUUUUGCGUGUGCUUGGAACAAUAGCCUUUAAAACUGAGUCAUGCUGGAGGACUGCCAAACUAAUUCAGAAUUGGAUAAUUAUAGUAUAUGUCACCAAAUCAGGAUGCAGUUGCUGCUAUUAUUAUCCAAGCAUGUUAUUUUUCUUAUUAGCUUUCAGACAGGUUAAUACACAACAACUUCAGGACAUUAAUAAAUCAGCUGUCUUUCAUACACCAUCUCUUUGCUGUUGAUUUCCAUGCUUUUAUUGUUUGUCUUGGAGGAUGGGCCCUGCAGAUGAAGCAGAAAAAUAUUUUCACCAUUGUUAAGCAAAUGUAUCUUUUUUGCAUUUGUGUAAUAUUGUGCUAUUGCCUUGGUGCUUGGAACUUCUGGCCAUUGUGUCUUUUGUCUUCCACAACUCUUGCUGCAUAUAACGGCAGCAAUAUUAUGUUAUUAGCUUUCACUGGAACUCCAUGGUACGUAAUGUCAGCUCAAUGUAUGACAUUUGCACAAAAUAUGACCAUGUCCAUUGAAAGAAACUUUUCAACUGACGUGCAAUAUGUGGAAGCAUUUCUUUAAUUCCGCACCUAUCAGAACAAGCAAAUAAUUGUGAUUAUUGGGGAUAAAUUGGUAACAAAAAUCUAAUUAUGGGCUUCAGGCUGUAGGUUAUUGAAUAUUAUAAGGUUUGAGCUUCUCGGAAGGUAUGAAUGAGAGCGAUGUAUAAUUAAAUUCUUCGUGCCACAAGCA